AUGGGAAAUACAACGUCAAAAGAUGAAGAAAAUCAAAAAAGAAAUUUAAUUUUAUUAGAUGAUAACUUUUUGCAUAACUUUCAAAAAAAGGAUAAUACUAUUUUUGAAAAAAAAUUAAAUAAUAUAGAAAAAGAUGACAACCUACAUAAAAAUAAUAUACCAACAAAAAUAAAUGGAAGUGUAAAAUCAACUAAAUCAGAAGACCCAUUAAAUUAUAAGGGUGAAGAAUAUGAUAAACUAAGGAAAAUGGUAAUAGAUGAUUUAAUUAUAGAAAGUGAAAAAUAUAUAAGUAUGCAUAAAGAUAAAUUAAAUAAUAUUAACAAAGAUAAUUUAAAAAUUCCUCAAACAAACAAUGAAUGCUUAUAUAAUGAAAAUAAAAUAUAUGACUGCCUUAAAAAUAUGAAUGAAUCUACUUCUGAUUUUAUUAACUCAUAUACGAGAUGUUAUAGAUACUUGAGGAAAUAUGAAAGCUGUGUUCAAAAAAUAAAAAUUUAA